AUGGCUCGUCUACGGUUGCCAUCUUCUUCGGGCGUUUGGAUCCCUCGGCCUGGGGUGUCUGUACUCUGGCCUGCUGAGCCUGUCUUUGCAUUCUCCGCAGCUGGGUUCGUGUCAGCGGCUGGAAGCUGCCCCCAGGUUGUGUGUGAUACCAACGGUCGUCCGGUACGACCGGUGGUUGAAUGUCUUCAACGGCCUAGGGGUGGCUCCGUUUUUGUGGCCCACCGAGGUAUCAGGGUUUUGUGCCCCUAA